GCGUACGUGUGUGUGCCAGAAAUGUAUGUAUGCGGGUCUGUGGUAAUGUCCGAGGUGCUAGAACAGUAUUUAAAACACGAGACUGAGUGUCGAGCGACGAAGGUGUAUAUGUAUGAGCAGCUGAGCCGCGACCGCUGCUAUGACAAGCCAUCGAAAUCGAGAAACGGCGGGAACGGAGAGGAAUGCAACUCCUUCGGUGGGCGCAAAGUGACUCGAUCGCAUGACGUAUAUUCCGAUUUGCGGGCAUGCGAUGGACACCCGAAAAAAUGAUAGGCCAAUAUUGGGUCAAAAACACAUGCUCGGAAGGACUAUCGCGGUGUGUCGGAGUCCCGAGUUCUAGUGCUUUAAUACGCACGCUACUAAUCUUGCUCCUUACUUACAACUCCCUAUUCGCCCCCAAUCAUGGUUGCAGGUGUUCAGAUUCACACAAAGGUCGCUCAGGACGCCCAGACUGAAAUCCUCACCGAUGCUGCAGUCGCAUUUCUCGCUGCACUUCAUAGAACCUUCGAGUCUACCAGGCAGACCCUCCUAGUUGCGCGCGAUGAUGCACAGCGCAGGUUUGACUCGGGAGUACCUCUUGACUUUCCUCCUGAAACAGCUCACAUCCGUGCCGAACCUUCAUGGCACUGCGCACCCCCUGGACCCGGUCUCGAAGACAGACGCGUUGAGAUUACCGGUCCUACUGACAGGAAGAUGGUUAUCAAUGCUCUGAACAGUGGUGCAAAAACCUUCAUGGCAGACUUUGAAGACUCUAGCGCUCCUACAUUCGCGAACAUGAUUAAUGGUCAAGUUAAUUUGCGCGAUGCAAUUAACCGACAGAUCGACUUCGAGUCCGGCGGGAAGCAAUACAGGCUGUCUGAGAAUCCAGCUGUGCUUCUUGUCCGACCUAGGGGCUGGCAUUUGGACGAGACGCGUGUUACGGUCGAUAAUACCCCUAUCUCGGGGUCUCUCUUCGACUUUGGGCUCUACUUCUACCAUAAUGCUCAUCAGCUCAUAACGCGUGGCUCGGGCCCCUACUUCUAUCUUCCCAAGAUGGAGCACUAUCUCGAGGCCCGUCUGUGGAAUGACGUCUUCCUCUUCUCGCAAUCAUACAUUGGAAUACCUCACAACACAAUAAGGGCAACUGUCCUCAUCGAGACGCUUCCCGCAGCAUUCCAGAUGGAAGAAAUACUUUUCGAGCUCAGAAAUCACUCUUCAGGACUUAAUUGUGGAAGAUGGGACUACAUAUUUAGUGCAAUCAAGAAGCGUAGGGCAGACAGAAGCGCCGUGUUACCAGACAGGAAGGACGUCACCAUGACCGUGCCUUUCAUGGAUGCGUAUGUGCGUCUUCUGAUUCAGACUUGUCACAGGAGGAAAGUUGCUGCUAUGGGUGGCAUGUCUGCACAAAUUCCUAUUAAAGAUGACCCCAAAGCCAACGAGGUGGCAAUGGAGAAGGUCCGAGCAGACAAGCUUCGCGAGGUUACAGCUGGCCAUGAUGGAACUUGGAUUGCGCACCCCUUGAUCAACCAGAUCGCUCGCAAGGUGUUUGACGAAAAUAUGCUGGGUCCUAACCAGUACCACGUCCGACGUGAGGAUGUGAAAGUCGCUGGCGCGGACUUGCUGAGCUCCAAUGUUCCUGGAAAGAUCACCGAGGAAGGGAUCCGCUCUAAUAUCUCUGUGGCUCUUGCCUAUUGUGGAGCUUGGAUCGGCGGCAAUGGCUGCAUCCCUGUCAACUACUUGAUGGAGGAUGCUGCUACUGCUGAGAUUGCACGUGUGCAGCUCUGGCAGUGGGUGAAGUACAGUGCACGCCUUGACACUGGCGAGCAGAUUACCCCCUCAUAUGUCGACCGCAUCAUCGCAGAGCAAGCCCCCGGCGUCCAGAAGAUCGCCCCGAGCGUCAAGGAUGACCAUUUGAAAAUUGCUACGAAGUAUCUCAUGGAUCAAAUCAGGCAACAAUGGCCAAGCGACUUUUUGACGAGCGACUUGAUGCCGUACUUGUCGAUGGCUGAUGGUGUUGAGGACAAGUGGCAUAGGAGUGCUCUAUAGGAGAGUCCCGAGCACCCGAUUUUUGUUCCAGGCCGAAGUGUAGCGAAUUCUGAAAUAUUCUUGCCAAUGUACUUGUAGGAUCGUGCGUACUUUCAAUGUUCGGGCCAACCAAUGUCGUACGUUAAGCACGGAGUGGUUCAAUACGUGCGAGAAAUGCGUCAUAUGCUAUUUUUAAGGCAGCUCCUGAAUAUUGAAUCCUAAAAGUGUACCUGUGCGAAACACAACAAUGCCGUGAAGG